GCAUGAUGCGCGCAGAGUCUCCACAUUUGCAGCAACGGACGGACGCUCCCAACAAAACAGCCUGAAAUCCACGCACCAUGCUGCGCUCACGAGCCGUGACGAGCGCUUGAAGGAAAAUAAGAUCCUUGCAACAUUACGGAACCUUCCAUCUCUGAAGCUCUCACAGCAGCUGCCCUUUUGUCGCAGGAGCCGCCGAUGCGCUUCGGCUGUGCAUGAAUCUGCCUUCGGUCUGCGGGUCCAGGACACAAACCGGGAGGUGUCGUUGACGGGCGUGCGCGCGUGUGGAGGUGGAUUGAGUCCGUUGUCAGUUGAGUAGAGCCGCAUCUCACCUUUGGCACCUCCUUCAGGAUGGCGUUAACGAUCUGCACGAGGUUCACCGAUGAAUAUCAGCUGUUCGAGGAGCUGGGGAAGGGUGCGUUUUCCGUGGUCAGGAGAUGCGUGAAGAUCUCCUCUGGACAAGAAUACGCUGCCAAAAUCAUCAACACCAAGAAGCUUUCAGCCAGAGAUCAUCAAAAACUCGAGAGAGAGGCGAGGAUCUGCCGCUUGUUGAAGCACCCCAACAUCGUACGGCUCCAUGACAGCAUAUCAGAAGAGGGUUUCCACUAUUUGGUGUUUGAUCUAGUGACUGGUGGAGAGCUGUUUGAGGAUAUUGUAGCCAGAGAGUACUACAGUGAGGCCGACGCCAGCCACUGCAUACAGCAGAUCCUGGAGAGCGUUCAUCACUGCCAUGUUAAUGGGAUUGUCCACAGAGAUCUGAAGCCUGAGAACCUUCUAUUGGCCAGUAAGCUGAAGGGGGCGGCGGUCAAGUUGGCUGACUUUGGGCUGGCUAUCGAGGUGCAGGGGGACCAGCAGGCAUGGUUUGGUUUCGCUGGGACUCCAGGCUAUUUGUCCCCAGAGGUGCUGAGGAAAGAUCCAUAUGGAAAACCUGUGGACAUGUGGGCAUGUGGUGUCAUUUUAUACAUUCUUCUGGUGGGUUACCCUCCUUUUUGGGAUGAAGAUCAGCACCGCCUUUAUCAACAAAUCAAAGCAGGAGCAUAUGAUUUCCCUUCACCAGAGUGGGACACUGUUACUCCAGAGGCCAAAGACUUGAUCAACAAGAUGUUAACUAUCAACCCAAGCAAACGUAUAACUGCCGCUGAGGCCCUCAAACACCCAUGGAUUUGUCAACGGUCCACUGUAGCUUCCAUGAUGCACAGACAGGAGACUGUGGAAUGCCUGAAGAAAUUCAACGCCAGGAGAAAACUCAAGGGAGCCAUAUUAACCACUUUGCUGGUCACAAGAAACUUCUCAGCAGCAAAGAGUUUGCUCAACAAGAAGCCGGAGGGUGUUAAGGUCAACAACAAAGCCAACACAGUGACCAGUCCUAAAGACACUGGCCCUGCCCCUGCACUGGAACCCCAGACAACUGUUAUUCAUAACCCAGUGGAUGGAAACAAGGAGUCCAUUGAAAGUGCCAACACCACCAUAGAAGACGAGGACGUGAAAGCCCUCCGUCUGGGCAGCUUAGUGAGCGGCCUCUUGAGCUCUAAGAGUCGCUCCUCUCAGAUGUCAGAGUCCAGGCAGACCCUCACCUCCUCAGUCCAGACUCGAAAACAAGAAAUCAUCAAAGUCACGGAGCAGCUGAUCGAGUCCAUCAACAAUGGGGAUUUUGAGGCUUAUGCGAAGAUUUGCGAUCCUGGUUUGACCUCUUUUGAGCCGGAAGCCCUCGGAAACCUGGUGGAAGGACACGACUUUCACCGUUUUUAUUUUGAAAAUGCUCUUUCUAAAGGGAAUAAGCCAGUGCACACUAUCCUCCUAAAUCCACACGUGCACUUAAUCGGAGAGAACGCGGCGUGCAUCGCGUACAUCCGUUUGACCCAGUACAUGGACAGCGGCGGGAUGCCCCGGACCAUGCAGUCUGAGGAGACUCGAGUCUGGCACCGCCGGGACGGGAAGUGGCAGAACAUUCACUUCCACCGCUCCGGGUCUCCAAGUAUCCCCUCGCAUUAAUGAAAUGUCAGCUUGCGGUCUAUAGCAUCAACAGUAAGGCCAUCCACUAGCCAAUAGCUGACCAGUGAGCGCCCUUUUACCUCUGACCCUCUGCACAGGACACAGCUACAUUUUACUGUAAUGGAGUUUUAUCAAUGGACAUCAUUCUGACCCACCACCAGGUGGCAGCACAGUGUAUUUGGACAUUGAAAUUAGCAUAUUGGCUUUUUUUUCCCAAGAUGUUUUGGUAUGCAUUUUAAAUAUGAAAAUAGAGAUGUUUAAAACUCUACUGCUGUAAUCUCUGAAAGAUUUAUUCUGUAUUUUUAUGUGUAUUCAUGUGUGUGCAAUACUAAAAACAUUUGGAAGAUCAGAAUGUUCAAAUUGAGCUUGCUUUAUUUCUGGUGAUGUAUAUAAUUACAUUGUGAUUGUUGAACAAAAUCAAAGCCGAUAUUGAAAUUCUUACCAUCAGACAAAUUCCAACUUGACAUCGAAUCCAGUUUGUGAGCUACAUUUAUGUUUGCUAUGAGCUAAGUCAUACUGUUUGAAUUCUCCAGUUUUAAUAAUAUUAGCCUAAUUUAAUUGUAAAGAAAAGCAAAGCAGCUUACACUUUGCAUUAAGAUAUGUUUGCCUUUAUUAUCAGUGAAAUAUGAAUUAAGAGAAUGUAGCAUAUAUGUAAUAUAUGAAAAUUCAAGACUAUUGUGUAGUGCAUGGGGGGGUAAUGUGAGUAAGAUCAUAUGAAACUAUACUAUCUUCUGUUUGAUUUGUGAAUCACUGACUAGUUUGUUUGCAUAUGUUAUUAAUGUUGUGCAUCAGUCCUGUCAAAUGUUUCUAAUGCCAAUAUCAAAGAACUGUAAAAACAGUUACAAUGACUUUGACAUGAAAAUCAGAAAUUAUGAUCAAAAUCAUAUCAGACAAAUGGAUGCUCAAGCAUCACGACACUUUGUAUAAAACUAGAAGACAAAAAGGCAUUUUCAUAAUGUUUGUACUGUACUGUAUGAGUGUAUGUACGCUUUCUGUUGUCAUUUACCUCUUGUCAUUUCCAGUGUGUUACUUUGCCAGUACAGAGACUCUACUUUGGGGCAGGGGGAGGUCUUCCUGGACACCCACAGUGUCACCUCGCUGCUUCGGACAGUGGUAGUGUCUUUGUAAUCAUUACUGUAUGCUCUUCAAAAAUUGUCUUUUUUUCUUUUAUAAAGGGUAAAAAUGAUAAAGAUUUCUUUUGAUGAAAUGUAUGAUGUCAAUGCAAUGCACCGCUCCUUAUAUGGUGUGUGUUCUGUUGCCAGCACGGCAAUGGAUGGCUGAACAUGUUUAACAAAUAAAAUCAAAUCAAAUAUGUGAUAAUAAAUGAUGAAAGAA